CCCAGCCCGCCAUGGCGGAUAAGGAAGCAGCCUUUGAUGAUGCAGUGGAAGAACGUGUGAUCAAUGAAGAGUAUAAAAUAUGGAAGAAGAACACCCCCUUCUUAUAUGACUUGGUAAUGACCCAUGCUCUGGAGUGGCCCAGCUUGACUGCUCAGUGGCUUCCUGAUAUAACCAGACCUGAAGGCAAAGACUUCAGCAUUCACAGGCUAGUGCUGGGGACUCACACUUCAGAUGAACAAAACCACCUGGUCAUAGCCAGUGUGCAGUUGCCUAAUGAUGAUGCACAGUUUGAUGCUUCACACUAUGACAGUGAGAAAGGAGAAUUUGGAGGCUUUGGGUCAGUUAGUGGAAAAAUUGAGAUUGAGAUCAAGAUCAAUCACGAGGGAGAAGUGAACAGAGCUCGUUACAUGCCACAGAACCCCUGCAUCAUCGCUACCAAGACUCCAUCCAGUGAUGUCCUUGUCUUUGACUACACCAAACACCCUUCCAAACCAGAUCCUUCUGGAGAGUGCAACCCUGAUCUUCGUCUUCGUGGGCACCAGAAGGAAGGUUAUGGACUGUCAUGGAACCCCAACCUGAGUGGACACUUGCUCAGUGCUUCUGAUGAUCAUACCAUUUGCCUGUGGGACAUCAGUGCUGUUCCAAAGGAAGGCAAAGUGGUGGAUGCCAAGACCAUCUUCACAGGACAUACAGCAGUGGUGGAAGAUGUCUCCUGGCACCUGCUCCAUGAAUCUCUCUUUGGCUCCGUUGCUGAUGAUCAGAAGCUCAUGAUCUGGGAUACUCGGUCAAACAACACCUCCAAGCCCAGCCACUCAGUGGAUGCACACACAGCUGAGGUCAACUGCCUCUCCUUCAACCCCUACAGUGAGUUCAUCCUGGCAACAGGAUCAGCUGAUAAGACUGUUGCUCUCUGGGACUUGAGGAACCUAAAGCUGAAGUUGCACUCCUUUGAAUCACAUAAAGAUGAAAUAUUUCAGGUUCAGUGGUCUCCUCAUAAUGAAACCAUUCUGGCCUCCAGUGGCACUGACCGCAGGCUAAAUGUUUGGGACUUGAGUAAAAUUGGAGAGGAACAAUCCCCUGAAGAUGCUGAGGAUGGUCCCCCAGAGCUGCUGUUUAUUCAUGGUGGUCACACUGCAAAGAUCUCUGACUUCUCCUGGAAUCCCAACGAGCCCUGGGUAAUUUGUUCUGUAUCAGAAGACAAUAUCAUGCAAGUCUGGCAGAUGGCUGAGAACAUCUACAAUGAUGAAGACCCUGAAGGAAGUGUGGAUCCAGAAGGCCAAGGAUCCUAGAUGACCUUUUCCUGGUUUUAGUCUAUUUUAUUUUUUUUUUCCCCUUCUCUUCCCUCUCACCCCUGAUAUUGACUUAACACUGGUUGUGAGACACACGUAGACUUUGUGUUCAGCCAUCCUUCUGCAGAUACCACCAACAGGCUUGGAAACCCCUACAGCUCCCUCAGCAAAGGGCUCAGCUGCUCCCAAGCUGUGGCUCCUUGCUCAGAUUGCCCACAGCCACCUCUGGCUCUCCCCAUUUUUAGCUGCUCUCAUCACACAGAGCAAACCUGGGUUUGUUUGGCUUCUUUCCUUUCUGCCUUUAGCUUGCUACAGCUGUGGGCUUUUGCCUCAUUGAAACAAAACCAAUCAGCAGAGCUGCCAGAGGAUGAGGAGCCAGGGGAGAGGCUACAAGUGUUAAUCCUCUGGCAGUUCAGAAAUGGGAGUGUGAAAGCUCUUGUCCUCUGCAGUAGCCUCACUCUUGGCCUUCCUUUUAGUUAAUCUCUACCUUUCCUGCCUCUACAGAACAAACCAAACUUGCAGAUUCUGUCUUGAGCUGCAGUGAAAUCCUUUUUGGUGGUAAUUUUGGGGUUUUUCAUUCCUCCCUUUUUUUCCCCCUUUCCCCCCUCCUCUGCUGGAUGCCAGCAGUUUGGCUUCAUUUGCUGUUCCUGCAGGGGGGAGAGAUCAUCAUCAUCAUCCUUCACCUUCCACCUCUUUCACUCUAUUGUGUGUUUCUCCAGCUGUGUUUUCCACUUCUCUUUCUUCCCUUUCUGUGAAAUGGUUUUUAAAUCAAAACAAAA